AUGCCUCGCAGAAGCCGCAGCGCGGCCGCCGGGCCAGUCAGCCGCCCCGCCGCGCCCUCUGCCCACCCGCCCGCGCACCCACCGCCCUCGGCAGCAGCCCCGGCUCUCGCCCCUUCGGGCCAGCCGGGCCUCAUGGCUCAGGUGGCAUCCACGGCCACAGGGGUAGCAGUGGGCUCGGCUGUGGGACAUGUCAUGGACAGCGCGCUGACCAGAGCCUUCAGCGGGGGGAGCUCGGAGCCAGCCCAGCCUGCCGCCCAGCAGGCCCCCUCCCAUGCUGCCACCCAGCCCCUGCAGAUGGGGCCCUGCGCCUAUGAGAUCAGGCAGUUCCUGGACCGUUCCACCACUCAGUGA